AUGACCACGGCGGCUCUACAAGCUUCGACGGCACCCAUCAGCUUGCCUCCGAUCAGCAGCAUCGAUUUCCACACCCAAGUCGCACAUAGGCCGGAACCCGAAGUUGUGCAACCUCUACCACCCCCACCGCCAGCACAGCAGCGUGUGCUGCCACCGCUGCCGUAUCCUUACGCUGUUCGACCAGCCCCGGCACCUGGCCCGCCGCCGCCAGGACCUCCCGAGUAUGUACAGUCACGACCAAUCUAUCCGGGGAUUCCAUCGCCGUACCAGCAGAUGCCAGGACGGAUGCCUCUGCCCUCGACCACGGACCCGAAUUUGAUCGUUGCACCUCCGCGACACAAAGCCAAGGAGGUGAAGAGACGGACCAAGACAGGAUGUCUGACAUGCCGAAAGAGGCGCAUUAAGUUUCGGUUCUGUUCAUGUCAACGUCACGUCUUUGCCCACGUUGUCGACACGCACGGGGUGGGCGGGUUUUGGCAGCGAGCGCAUGGCAUGGCAAGGCCAGCCCCGAAGGCAAGGACCAUUUUGGGGGGGGCGGGCUGA